UGUAAUUGCAGAACCAACCUCCACUUCCAACUUGCUUACAAAUAUGUGCAUUCUGGUUCGGUAGCAAACCCACGACUGCUACACAUAAUUUCGUGAAUAAAAAUGAAAGUGCGCAAAUGAGUUCGUGCUUAUAGGAGAGGGUGCCGGUGACGUAAGGGGGUGGAAUUCCAACAUGGAGCCUGGGGCAGGACCAUGAAAGGCGAGCUGAAUGGAGAAGCUGAGCAGUGUUACGAGCGAUCGCUGGCCAUUUUCGAUCGAAUUGAUCUCUAAAAACCAGUAUUGGACUUUGUUUCGCGAGGAUAAGGGAUAUUGCCGUGAAUCGCAUUUUAACGAUAUAAUCAACAGUUCCGAAGACUUAACUAACGAAAGAAGCGUGGAAGAAACUUCGUGGCAUUUUGUUUGCAACAAUUGUUAUUGUUCCCGUGUUCUGUAAACGCUUGUAGCAGAAGAGUUAUACUUCCAAGAUAUCCGGCGUCGUAAAAAACAUUUUUGAGUGGAAUGCAAGCAGGACUAGAUCGUAAUUACAGCACUGGGAUGUUGAUUCAUCAGAUACUCCCAGUGAUAUGAAAGUUUCUGCAGCUGGGACGUGAUCAGAUUUCCUGAAAGUUUAUGUUAUCUCGGGAUUGUCCGCGUGCGACAUGUGCCAGAAUAAAACCUGGCUUCAUUCUUUGCAACAAAGAAAACAUCGGUUUGUGAUAUUAUGUAGGAUGACUUGUUACGGCGCGUAACUGUGCUCAUCGGGAGGGUCACUGUGGAUUUUUUUGUGCCCCCCUUGCCCGGGGUACAUGCGGAGGUAUGGGAAACCAAGCUACUUGGCAAACAAAGGAGGAUGUCGAUUUGGCCAUCGGGCGGUUCGGCUAGGACUCGCAUGCCGUGUAAUCUGACUGUGGCGAUGCAAAAUAUUUGCAACAUGACCGAGACUUGCGCUUUGUUUUUAUUUAGACUGUAUAAGUGACCGGUACUGCGGAGACCACCAGGCCAUGUUUAAACUAUUUGUAUCGUAACUUCGGCGUACUCGUUUUGUUCUGAUUGUGAUUUUUUUCCCUAUUUAAUGACCAGACGUCUUCCAUACGUUAGUCAGAAAUGAAGCGUGGCCGUGAGAUUUUCUUCCAGCUCGUUACUUAUCUGCUUCUUGCGAGCGAGAGCUCCGUCGCAUCUUCCCACUGCAAGCUGUACGACGAGCGCGCAAGGGGCACCGGGAAGAGCGCGGAGCAGCCCGGCGCGGCGGUCAGGGCGGUCUGCACCAGCAUGGAGCUCCGUCAGGUGUUGCCGCCGGAGCAGCUUCCCAACCGGACUGUGACUCUAAUUUUAAGCAACAACAAAAUCCAGGAACUGAAGAAUGGCUCCUUCGCUGGACUGUCUACGUUGGAGAAACUGGACAUCCGGAACAACGUCAUCAGCCACAUCGAGCCCGGAGCCUUCCUGGGACUCGCUGCCCUGAAAAGGCUAGACUUGUCCAAUAACCGUAUAGGCUGUCUGAAUGAAGAUAUAUUUAAAGGCCUCCCAAGUCUGACCAGACUGUAUCUCUCAGGGAACAUGUUCUCCUCCCUGUCGCCAGGAACCUUCAACGGCCUUGUCUCCCUGAAGACGCUGGAGUUCCAGACGCCGUACCUGCUGUGCGACUGCAACCUGCGCUGGGUGCCGCGCUGGCUGAAGGACAGGGAAGUGGUCUCCCAGAACACGCGGUGCGCGUACCCGCACUCCCUGCAAGGACAGGCGCUGGACUCGCUCAAAUCCGACCAUUUUACCUGUGACUCCCCGCUGGAGCUGCCGUCUUUCCAGAUGAAUCCGUCCCAACGGCAGCUUGUCUUCCGGGGCGACAGCCUGCCCUUCCACUGCCUGGCCUCCUACAUCGACCAGGACAUGCAGGUGCUGUGGUACCAGGAUGGCAAGAUGGUAGAACCCAACGCCUCCAUGGGCAUCUUCAUCCAGAGGAGCGUGGUCCACAACUGUACGCUCAUUACCAGCAUGCUGACCAUCUCCAACAUCCAGCCGGGUUCCACGGGGACCUGGGAGUGUCGGGUGAGGACCAGCCGUGGGAAUAACACCCGCACUGUCCCCAUUGUGGUGCUGGAAAGUGCCGCCAAGUACUGCUCUGCGGAGACUGUGUCCAACAACAAGGGGGAGUUUCGGUGGCCUCGCACCCUGGCUGGGCUCACCAUGCACCUCCCCUGCCCACACCUGGCUCCUGGGGCAGGCCUGUACACCGGCUCAUCAGCAAGGGACCAGCAGGCGUGGCGCACCUGCGACCGACGUGGGUUUUGGGCGGAGGAGGAUUACUCCCGCUGCCAAUACCAGAAGGAUGUCACCCGCGUCCUCUACAUCAUCAACCAGUUGCCCCUGAACCUGACGAACGCGGGGACCACAGCCCGGCAGCUCCUGGCCUACACUGCGGAGGCUGCCAACUUCUCGGACAAGAUGGACGUCAUCUUUGUCGCGGAGAUGAUUGAGAAGUUUGGGAAGUUUGCAGAGAAGUUCAAAGAGCUGGGCGACGUGAUGGUGGAUAUCGCCAGCAACCUGAUGCUGGCGGAUGAGCGCGUGCUGUGGCUGGCCCAGCGGGAGGCGCGCGCCUGCUCCCGUAUCGUGGAGUGUCUCCAGAGUGUCGCCGGACACGGCCUGAGCCCCAACUCCCAGGCCUACUCCACGACGUCCCCCAACAUCGCCCUGGAGGCCCACGCCAUCAAGGCGUGUGCCUUCAACGGCAUGACUUGCACACUGUUCCAGAAGCUGAGCCCCGACAGGCCCCCCGCCCGCGAACUGGCGGGCCGCGACCCCGACCUCGGCCUGGACCGCCAGCUCAGCUUCAAGUGCAACGUGACGAGCAAUCUCUCCAGCCUGGCGCUCAAGAACACUGUGGUGGAAGCAUCCCUCCAGCUGCCCCCCUCGCGUUUCUCCCAGGCCUCGGGGUCUGGCACCCCCCCUGAGGACACAGUCCACAAGCUGUACCUGCUCGCCUUCCGGAACAGCAAACUCUUCCCAUCUGCCGGCAACUCCAGCGACGGCAAGCGCAGGACCGUGGCCACGCCCGUUAUCCUUGCCAAGAUAGACGGCUUCCCGCUGAGGGGUCUGCGGAGUCCUGUCAACGCCACUCUUCGGCGGCACACCCACGGCUCCGAUGUCAGGGCGGCCUACUGGAACUUCAGCCUGCUGGGAGGCCUGGGUGGCUGGGCGUUGGACGGCUGCCGGGUCCUGCGCUCCGACGAGAACUUCACCACCAUCUCCUGCGACUCCCUCAACAACUAUGCCGUGCUGGUGGACCUCAGUGGCACAGAGUACACCACCACCACCGUGCGGCUGCUUCACCCUGUCGUCUACACCUCCGCCAUCGUGCUCCAGCUCUGCCUCCUGGCGGUCAUCGUCAGCUACAUCUACCACCAUAAGUCCGUCAGGAUCAGCCGCAAGUCCUGGCACAUGCUGUUGAACCUGUGCCUGCACAUCCUGCUGGCCUGCACCGUCUUCAUUGGCGGCAUCAACCAGACGCGCCACGCCAGCGUCUGCCAAGCCGUGGGCAUUGUGCUGCACUACUCCACGCUGGCCACUGUGCUCUGGGUGGGAGUGACCGCGCGCAACAUCUACAAGCAGGUGACUCGCAAGGCCAAGCGCUACGAGGAGCUGGAUGAGCCCCCGCCCGCCCCCAGGCCCAUGCUCAGGUUCUACCUGAUUGGUGGAGGCAUCCCCACCAUCGUCUGUGGAAUAACGGCGGCAGCCAACAUCAAGAACUAUGGGAGUCGGGCGAACGCACCAUACUGCUGGAUGGCAUGGGAGCCUAGCCUGGGGGCCUUCUAUGGGCCAGUGGGCUUCAUGGCCCUGGUGGACUGCCUCUACUUCCUGAGCAUCUUGAUUCAGCUCCGCCGGCACCCAGAGCGACGCUACGAGCUGAAGGAGCCGUCGGAGGAGCAGCAGCGACUCGCCGGCGGAGCAGAGCGCGACUACGAGGACCGGGAAGGCGGCAGCCCUGCCCCUGCCCUUUUCUCUGCCUCCGUAUCCCAUGGCGACCUGUCUGCGGUGCCCCCAGCGGCCCUGGAGAACGAGCAGACGUUCCCGGCGCAGCUGCUGGGCGCGGCCCUGACGUUGGCGCUGUUCGCGGCGCUCUGGGGCUCGGCGGCGCUGGCAGUGUCUCAGGAGCGCCCGCUGGACCUGCUGUUCUCCUGCCUGUUCGCGGUGGCCGCCCUGUCCCUGGGUGCCUUCCUGGUGGCCCACCACUGUGUGACGCGGGAGGAUGUGCGGCUCUGCUGGGUGGCGGCCUGCUGCCAUAGGAGGCGGGACUACACGGCACAGGUUGACACCCCUCCAUCCGCCAAUGGGAAUGGGGAGGUACCCAAAUGCCCCAACAGCAGUGCCGAGUCGUCCUGCACUAAUAAGAGUGGACCUAGCCUCAAAAACCCCUCCUCCCAGGGCUGCAAGCUGACCAACCUGCAGGCAGAGGCGGCCCAGUGCAAGCCCCUCCCCCUCCCAGUCCCCGCCCUCAGCAACGGGGUCGGAGUCCCUCCUGACAACAGCCUGACGGAGCACUCGCUUGACACCGAGAUCAAGAUGCACGUGGUACCUGUGGAGGUACCGUUCCGGCCCAACGGACACGUGGGUGGCCGCCAUCACCCGCCGCAUCCGCACCACCGGAGCCGUGCACGGGCGCAUCGGGCAAGCCGGCUGACGGUUCUGCGCGAGUAUGCCCAUGACGUGCCCACCAGUGUGGACGGCAGUGUGCAGGGCGGCCACACCCACCGGAGCCGUCACCCCCAUGACGGCCACACGCGCAGCCGCAGGGCCGCCUACCUGGCGUACCGCGAGCGCCGGCAGAGCCUCCAGCAGCAGGACAGCAGCGAUGCCAGCAUCACCCUGCCACGCCGCAGCCGGGCCUUGGACAAAGGGGACGGGGCUAGCGGAGCUGGGCCUGUGGGAAGGGCGGAGCCAGCAGCUCCUCCCACUUCGGCAUCCAGCAAAGACUGUGUAAAGCAGCCUGUCAGCGUAGAACUGGACGGCCCAACCAAGUGCUACGGCUUGAACCUGGCCAGCCAGAAUGGGCAGGCGAAAGACAACGCAUGUCCGGCAAGCGCGGAGAGCUCCGGAAACAUCCGGACAGGCCUCUGGAAGCAUGAGACCACGGUGUAGCCAUGUCGCUUUUCCCAGUGUGUCACAUGCUGACCUCCCUGAACUGUGAAUUAUUCCCCCCGCCUCACUUCAGAUUGAAUGACUGUGGGAAGGAAAGAGAGCGUUUAAAAAGAAAGCCGCGUAAACGUGUCCUGUGAAACCAAGUGACUGUGAUUGUUUAAUUGUUAAAGGCCUUUGGCAGAUUGUCUAUUUUUGUAUAUCUUAAUCUUGUUUGACAUACAGUUCUUGGACGUCUACAUGAAACCGCUUGACCUUUUUUUGUCCGCUUGUACAUAUAAGGUUACUUGGUCUGCUGCUUUUAUUUUGAAACGUAAUUUUACACAAUAAAGCCAAGGUCUCGAGUUCUGCCAGGUCCGGGCUGAUGCAGUGAAA